AUGUACCUGAACUCGGUGCUGGAAUCCAUCGGCUCAGACAGCGGGAGCUACUCUGCCGAGGACAUCUACAGGCUGAACGAAGCCAUCUUCAACCUUCCUGAGGAGGAAGACCUCGACGACAGCACGACCGAACUGCUCUUCAAGGCAGUCCAAAAGAUCAAAAAGGCCUUUGCUGGCGGAAAGUGUGACAGGGACCCGAAUUUCUACUAUGACUACAUCGCGCUGCUGUCGACAAUGCAGAAUCAGCACUUCUUCGGGUCAAAGCAAACAAAGCUGCUCCUCGAUUGGCUGCACGAGGCCGUCAAGUCUCCACCUGGGGAGGAUAAAAGUGGAGCAAAAAGCUCUUCCUCGACGAAGGACAUCGCCAGAAUUGAGGCGGAGAAUGCCAAGAUGAUCAAGGAAAUUGAGCAGAUGCAGGAGCUCACGGCUGCUGUGCAAGUCCUCCAGGGCUUCAAGCUCCCGAAGAACAUCAGCACUACACCCUCCACCGGCGACAAGUCGCAGCCUUCCCAGCAGUCGGCGGCGAAGAGAAAGAGACGGGGCAAGGGCAGCGGAGGCGGCGGUGGAAGUGGCUGA